AUGAAAACCUUUGCCGGAUAUUUAACAGUCCUCAUAAAUCUUGCCCAGGUUACUGUUGGUGAUACGUUUCCGAACGCCACUGGAGGAGUUCUCCCGCCGUUUAUAAAUGGUACAGGAGGAUUUGGUAAUGGUACAAUAAACGGAACCAAUCACACCACCACGAUAAUUACCACUGCCACGACCACCAAUGCAACAACAAUUGAAGUCCCUACUGGAACAACCACCACGCCUACUGGAACAACCACCACGCCUACCGGAGGAGCUGUUUUUGGUUUUGUGGGAAAUCAGCAGGAGCUUGUUUUGGCAGGAUUGGUGUUCUGUGGUGCCAUGCUUUUGUGA